GUCCAGGGUUAUUAUUAAGUGGGACUCAAAAACGGUUGGAGCCCGCUGGCCUACCAGACUGCCUUUCCCGCUGCUUCCGUCUGCUGACCCUACUCUUUGCCUUUUCUUCCACUCUGGCCCACCUCUGACGUAGUGCUUCUGCACACACCGACAGCCCGAAAACAUGGCCCUGUGGUCAACAGCCAAGACACAAUCGAAGCAAGGCUUCGACAAAGUCUACAACUGGGUUGACAAGCUCGGUGCGCCUGUCAAUCGCCUGUCCAACAAGGUCGGCUCCGAAGCCUUCUGGCCUACAACGCUCGACAUCGAGUCGGACAAGGCUGCGAGGAUCCUCAAAAGCUUCUGCAAGGAUGGAUUCUACCAAGAAGAAGACCGGCCCAUUACCACCGAUGUCCCCAAGGGCAAGCAACGAGUCCUCAAGAAGAUACCCUCCAAGGUAAUCAAGAAUGCCAAAGGUCUCUGCAUCUUCACAACCAUGCGCAGCGGCCUCUGGGUCUCCGGAUCAGGCGGAGCUGGCGUAUUGGUUGCGCGCAAGGCAGACGGAACAUGGUCACCACCCUCUGGCAUUAUGAUGCACACUGUUGGCGUAGGCUUCCUUGUUGGCGUGGACAUCUACGACUGUGUUAUCGUCAUCAACUCCGACAAGGCAAUGGAGGCUUUCCAGUCCAUCCGCUGUACUCUGGGAGGAGAAAUCAGCGCAGUCGCAGGCCCAGCCGGUGUCGGUGGCAUACUCGACACGGAGCUCCACAAGCGUCAAUCACCACUGUUCACAUAUAUCAAAUCGCGGGGCUUCUAUGCUGGUCUCCAGCUAGACGGAACCAUCAUAAUCGAGCGAACGGACGAGAACGAGCGCUUCUACGGCGAACGCAUAGGAGUCAAAGACAUAUUGGCUGGAAACGUACGGCAUCCACCUUAUGAGAUAAGGAGGCUCAUGGAAACACUCAAGUCAGCUCAGGGCGACACCGACGUGGAUGAGUCUCUGAUACCAGACGAGGCAACACCAGGAGACUUUGAGGUUACAGGCCCCGAAGACAAGACUUUUGGUAUCCCAGACGCCGUCGAUCCCGAUCCCUAUGGCGUCCUGGCACUACAAGAAGCCGGUCUAGAAAUCAGGGAGGCAGGCACACACAGUCGGCCGACAAGCGAGCAGUUUGAAUUCAAGCCGAGCCCAACAAGUCCGAUUUACAACACUUUCAGGAACUCCACAUUCCGGAGAAGCACGGAUCGGUCAAGCUUUGCCGGCAGUCGACGCUCAAGUUGGCGAACAAGCACCAUCAGUGGCGUGCUCGAGCCCCGGACACCAACGGCCGAUAUGAGCACACAGACUGACGAUCUACCGCCACCCCCGCCGACCGUCAGGAAGACGCCCCCUACACUACCGCCACGAACAAGUAUCGCACGUCUACCCACGCCUCCCAUAGCAGAAGUACCCGAAACUAGAGUCGAGCAAGCCACUCCGCCACGAGCCAAGAGUGUCGAGAGGCAGAUUGAAGAGGCAACACCCACAGCUGCAAAGAAGACUGAUAGCGCUGUUGACUCAAAGUCGACCGGCUCUCCUCGCAACUCAACAGCUACUGAAGUGGUUGAGGACGACGACAGCAGUGACGAUGAGGAUGACGAGUUUGAGGAUGAGCCAGUCGUUUAUGAGGUUCACCAGGCGGCUGCUCCGCAAGCCAUCCACGCACGCGUUGUUCAAGUUGCCAAACCAGUCGCUCCAGCCCUGCCUGUCAGGAACCCCUUCCGCAACCGUGUCUCAACAAACUCGGACGGGUCGCUGAGCACUACCCAGGGUGCAUCCCCUGUGCCCUCCCCGACCAAACCCAAGCAUAGCCCGGAAUCCACCCCCUCGCUUAUGCGCGGUGACUCGACCUCUUCUUUGUCUUCUGUAGAGGACAACAGACUGGAGCAGAUCGGCAACAGACUCAAGCCAAAGUACUCGCAUGAGCCUUCGCCUGAUGACGAGAAGAAGGAUGAUGCUUACCACUCACUUCCGGAGUCUCCGAUGAAGAGCAUUCCAGGCGGUUUCAACUGAGCGCCCAGACUGGCUAUUAUGGAACUCUUGCACCUCUCUUCACACCGCUCCUUACUGCGACAAUAAUCGACUGGGAUAAUAGCAUCAUCCCUGACUACAACACUCUAGACUACGCGUACAAGAUGGCGUUGCGAUGUCAAGCGCAUGGUUGUUGCGUCUCGCCACUUGCUUAUUCGACUUGGCUAAAACGCAAGCAUACUCGGUCGAUCAGUACAUUUUCAUUGGAGAUGAACUCUCACCGUCGUUACGACUUAUGAUUCCCAUUGAUAUCCACAUUAUUGCUUUAUCUGCCUCGCUCGCGUAUGGUCCUUCAGCAUUUGUAUGUAUUUAGUGCUAUGUUCGUUGAGCAAUGCAUUAGCCCAUAUAG